UUUGAUCUCUAUUUUGUUCGUGGUAAAGAGUCUAGGGGACGCCAAGAUGAUGAUCUCGUUUUCUUUGUUAGAAAAUUGGUUUCUCGAGGUUCUGCUUCCAAUAACGACGCAGAAACUGUUGAUCCUUAUUUUGUACGCAGUUGAGCAGCCUAAUUGAUGAAACUUCAAUUGAUGUGGACUGGAGGCGUUCCUUUUACUUGAAUUUAAUUGCUCAUACAUCAUUCAGCGUAACCGUCGCAAUUUGCAGUCAACAGGUUCUUCAAAACCAUCAAGCUGGGAAGGACACAUCUUUAUCCCCUAUAUAUAAGGUAAAAAUGUACUUAAAUCUUUUCCCACCUCUUGAAUCAUCUUCAACAAAAGUGAAAUUAUGAAUGCUACAAUAGAUACCGACCUAGGGACAAAAAAGGGCAGAUUUGUAAACCUAAAAAAAACCCUUUGGCGAGGUGAUGGUGAUGGGUGAAGCGUGUCCUUCUUUGGGAGUUAAAUUGAUUUUUACAGAUAAUGAUCAAACCACUGUUGUAGGCUUUAGGCCUUAGUUUCUUCGACGGAUGUCUAGUUAGGGUUUAAUCAGAGUUUUACUUUUUAGGCUGUCUAUAAUGUUACAAUCUAUAUCAAGUGAUUACCGUAUCAUGCUCCACUAAAAGUUUUUUUGGUACCUGUUAGUAUAAUGAUAGUUUUGACAAAGUUUACAGUAGAGAAAAUAAGGGUGGGGGCCACAGAAAGUGGAGCAGGAAAUGGGGCCACAAAGAAUCACCUGCACACCCCCAAGAUCCUAACUAAUUAGUGUUGAGCGCAUGACUAAGGAGGACAGCUGGCAUAGGAGUGCACUACUAAAGGACAACUGGCAUAGGAGAGAGAAAGUAGAUCUCAGACUACAUAUAGGAGAAGAAUUAGUGCCAUCCGUAUGCAUGAAUUAAGUCUUGGAAUCCCUAGGAGAGCUAAGGCCUCUCGAAGUGCCUAAUCUUUCUUUCUUUUCAUAGUUUUACUACUUUUCAUGCUAUUUCUCUGUACUUACUGAUCCCAUUUGAACUCAGUAUUUUUUUAUCAUUACAAUAUUAAUCUCCUUCCCAAUCUUUCACUGUUUGCUAGUUUAUUUGUCUAAAUAUACUAAAUUGACCCUAUCAAUUUGGUAUCUAGAGCCUUGGUUACGUUUACCUACUGAAUGGUCGUUACACGAAGCAUUAUGGAAAACAGAGUCGACACAAUCGAACAAAGGAUGGAUAGCUUCGAAGGAACUAUGGCACAAAUUCGUGAGUUGGUGUUGGAGCAACAAGCACGGCCGCAGGUGACGGUGGAGCAGAUUAGACAACUGAUUCAAGAGCGACCUGCUCGGAAUCGUAGACGAAAUGGGAGAGGUUACGAGGAGGAAGAGGACGAUGAAGGUAGUGACUGGAGUACGUUGUCAAGGGAGUCGCGAUCACGUCACAACCGUCAUGGAGGUGGAACCGGUCCCCGAUUCUUCGGAAGUAAGCAGAGGUUGGAGAUUCCACUCUUCAAAGGAGAAGAUCCAUAUGGUGAUGAGAAGAACGAGGUGGUGAUGAGAAGAGGAGCCCCAUGGAAGGAUAGAGGAGGAAGUGUAAAAUUCAAGGACCCAGGUGAUUUUAAUGGAGCUAGGAAGGACAUGGAAAAAGGAGGUCCAGUCACCCAUGAUAAGCUUAAGGGUAGAAAGUUAAACCCAGCUGAAUUAGAGGAACGCAGUAAGAAAAACUUGUGUUUCAAAUAUGGUGAUAAAUGGAAUAGGGAGCAUGUUUGUAAGUUCAAGCACAGGAAGCUAAUGUUAUGUGAAGGGAGCAGUGAGGAAGAGGCGGAAAAAGAGGUGAUGACUGACCAUAAAGAGGUGAUGACUGACCAUAAGGUUGAGAAAGAUGACGGAGAAGAAUUGAAAACCUUGAAAUUGUCCUUGCAAAGUAAAGAAGGGUUCGUUUUCAACAAGUCCUUCAAGAUGUGGUGCGUGAUAGGGGAAAGAAUGGGGUUGGCUUUAAUUGACUCAGGAGCCACAAGUAAUUUCAUGGUUGAUGGGUUAGUGAGUGAGUUGAAGUUGAAAUUGGUGUAUACUCCAGCGUAUGUGAUAGAAGUAGGAAAUGGAGACAGUGUCAGAAAUCAAGGUGUGUGUGAAGGGUUGAAAUUUCAGAUUCAAGGAGUGGAAUUUCAACAACAUUUUUUCUUGAUAGAGUUGGGAGGAUCAGAGAUGGUACUAGGGAGGGACUGGUUAGCCAACUUGGAUAAUAUUGAAGCAAAUUUUGGGGAACUCUGUUUGAAAUGGGAAGUGGCAGGGGAGAAGUAUAACAUACAAGGUGACCCUUCCUUAUGCAACCGAAAAGGAAUAGGUUUCUAUGUGCAGUCAUUGAAAGGGAGUCGGAUUAAGGGUCCAGAGGUGGAAACCUCAUCUGAAUGGGAUACACUUUUGACAAAUUUUGAGGAUGUUUUUAACAUGCCUGCUGGUUUACCACCUAUCAGAGAGCAUGAUCAUGCUAUUGUGCUGAAAACUGGUGCCACUAUUCCAAACCUGAGACCGUACAGGUACCCUUUUUACCAAAAAAAUGAAAUAGAAAAGAUAGUCAUGAAAAUGCUACAAGCAAGGAUAGAUACCAUCAUGGUAGUGGUGGACAGGCUUACUAAAUAUGUUCACUUCUUACUGGUGAGUCAUCCCUAUACAGCCAAAUACAUAGCUGAAUUAUUUGUCAAGGAGGUAGUGAGACUCCAUGGAUUCCCUAGUUCCAUAGUGUCUGAGAGGGACAGGGUGUUUUUGAAUAGUUUUUGGUCAGAGUUAUUUAAGCAAGCUAGAACAAAACGGAAAUAUAGUAGUGCAUAUCACCCUCAGUCUGAUGGACAAACUGAAGUGGUUAAUCGAUGUGUGGAGACAUAUUUGAGGUGUUUGACAGGGUUGAAACUGAAGCAAUGGCCUAGAUGGUUAGCAUGGGCAGAGUAUUGGUAUAAUACUAAGUACCAUGCUUCUCUGAAAAGUACUCCUUUUGAAGCCCUUUAUGGUAGAGUCCAUCCUACUUUAAUCAGAGGUGAUGCACACCCUUCAGCAGUUGAGGAAGUUAAUAAACUGACACCUGAAAGGAAUGAAAUGAUCAAGGAGAUGCAAGAGCAAUUACUGAAGGCUCGAGAUCAGAUGAAGACAGAUGUUAAUAAACAUAGAAGGGAGGUAAAGUAUGAUUUGGGACACAUGGUCUAUCUUAAAAUAGCACCAUACAAGCUCAAGAAGUUGGCCAAAAGAGUAAACCAGAAGUUGAGCCCCAUGUAUUAUGGGCCUUAUGAAGUGAUACAAAAGAUAGGCGCAGUGGCCUAUAAAUUGAAGCUUCCGAAAGACUCUAGAGUCCAUCCAGUGUUCCAUGCAUCCUUACUUAAAAAAACCAUAGGUCUAGAUACAGUAUCUCAACCCUUACUAGCUUGUAUGAAUGAGGAUUGGUGUCUGGAACCAGGUCCUGAAGAAGCUUUGGACACUAGAAGAAAUGCACAAGGGAAAGUAGAGAUGUUGGUCAAAUGGAAAGGUUUGUCAGAAUUUGAAAAUUCAUGGGAAGCAGUGGGCAUACUAAAGAAAGAAUUUCCUGGAUUCCUCCUUGAGGUCAAGGAGAGUUUUGAAGGGGGAGGAAUUGAUAGUUUUGACAAAGUUUACAGUAGAGAAAAUAAGGGUGGGGGCCACAGAAAGUGGAGCAGGAAAUGGGGCCACAAAGAAUCACCUGCACACCCCCAAGAUCCUAACUAAUUAGUGUUGAGCGCAUGACUAAGGAGGACAGCUGGCAUAGGAGUGCACUACUAAAGGACAGCUGGCAUAGGAGAGAGAAAGUAGAUCUCAGACUACAUAUAGGAGAAGAAUUAGUGCCAUCCGUAUGCAUGAAUUAAGUCUUGGAAUCCCUAGGAGAGCUAAGGCCUCUCGAAGUGCCUAAUCUUUCUUUCUUUUCAUAGUUUUACUACUUUUCAUGCUAUUUCUCUGUACUUACUGAUCCCAUUUGAACUCAGUAUUUUUUUAUCAUUACAAUAUUAAUCUCCUUCCCAAUCUUUCACUGUUUGCUAGUUUAUUUGUCUAAAUAUACUAAAUUGACCCUAUCAUAUAACCAGCAACCCCACUCUUGAAAGUAUGAUGCUUUCUCUUUGGUAGAAUGAUUUCUAGAUUUUUAUUAGUAAAAGGUUAAAAGACUCUCCUCCUUCUGCUUAGUUCUUAAUCUUGAUUUUAUUAACAUUCUGAUUUAUGGCUGCAUGAAGCUGUAACUCUCUCAGCCUUUUCAAAUUAUUGUAGAAUUUGACCCAAAUUUAGCUCCUUUAUAAUUAAAAAUGUUCCCUUCCACGCUUUAAGUCAUUAUGUACAUUGCCUCAUACAACACCAUUACAGAAUAUUUAAUCCCUUUGAAUUAGCUAUGGAUUUAAGAAUUUGUGUCUCUGACUGAUUGUAUUCUGAUUUGCUAUGACCAACCCAGUUUUUGGUGUUGGUGAAUCGACAACAAGGCUUUAUUCCUAUGAUUUUGGACUCGGACUCAGUUUUUGGUUGUUUCCCUGUUAUAUAGAAUUAACAAUCAUGGGUUGUGUAUUAUUCAAGAUGUCUAAAACUCUAGAAGUAAAUAUAUGUGUAUAAAAUAGAAUUAACAAUCAUGGGUUGUGUAUUAUUCAAGAUGUCUAAAACUCUAGAUGUAAAUAUAUGUGUAUAAAAUAAAUUGGACUCUAAAAAGGCAAGUCUAGUUCAUGUUGGUAAUGUUUGUAAUAUAAAAAUAACAAAGACUCUAAAAAGGCAAGUCUAGUUCAUGUUUGUAAUAUAAAAAUAACAAAAACGCCGUUGCCGGGGAUCGAACCCGGGUCACCCGCGUGACAGGCGGGAAUACUUACCACUAUACUACAACGACUUGAUGUUAAGUUGUUUGUUAUAAUGGUAAAUCUUUGUUAUUUUAUUUUGCUGACGUCUCAUAACAUAUACCGAACAAUUAAUUUCAUCUCUCUUCAAUUGUCAAUGAAAUUUUGGCAACAAACUGAGAAGUAGUUCUUGAUCCUUCAUAUCUUUAACUCUAAUUUCACCGACUGAAACAAAAUUUUAGAUUUAGAAAAAAUGCUUGGCGAUGGAGGUGAAACCCCUUCAAGAUAUGAAUUGUUGAGCAUGGUGAAGAAGCACUCAAAUUUAAUUGGGAGAACUGUUGUUGAAGAUCAAGAAGAUGCUCCUGAUGUUGAAAUGGAUAUGAAGUUUUGGAAUGAUGUUUUUGAUCUCUAUUUUGUUCGUGGUAAAGAGUCUAGGGGACGCCAAGAUGAUGAUCUCGUUUUUUUGUAAGAAAAUUGGUAUGUUGUUAUGUCCUUUUCUGAUACGGGAAGGCUCAGCAGUGAUGACAUUGGCCCAAUAAUGGAAGUGGAAAAUAAUCAAGAGCAAGGCCCAAGGACAAAAAGAACAAUCAGAAUUCCUAAAAGAUUGGAGGAUUAUGUGAUUGUUUUGGCUGCUAGUGAAGAAAGGAUCUAGAAGGAUGCGGACUCAUUACAAGUUUCUCGAGGGUCUGCUUCCAAUAACGAUGCAAAAGUGUUGAUCCUUAUUUUGUACGCAGUUGAGCAGCCUAAUCGAUGAAACUUCAAUUGAUUUGGAUUGGAGGCGUUCCUUUUUCUUGAAUUUGAUCGCUCAUACAUCACUCAGUGUAACUGUCGCAAUUUGCAGGUAAUCAAUUAUAUGCUCACUCCUGUAUUUCACCUUGCCUAGUCUGUUGUUAAAACUGGUUUCACAAGCAUUUAGAUUUCCUGUAAUUUUAUUUCAUCACACGCAUUACUUUAUUGGUGUACUGUCUACUGAUAAUCAAUCUCUGAUUCAUUUGUUUUCUCAAAAUGCCUCAAUGAUGCAUUAGCUGUAAUUAAUAAAUCUUGUCUACCUCUUGAAUUAUCUUCAACAAAAAUAAAAUUUUGAAAGCUACAAUAGAUACCGACCUAGGGACAUAAAAGGGCAUAUUUGUAAACCUAAAAAAAACUCUUUGGCGAGGUGAUGAUGAUUGGUGAAGCGUGUCCUUCUUUUUUAUGAGCAGAGUAUGGGAGAUUUACUUAGCUUUGUAAGUCCUUAUAUCUUAUUAUUACUUCUUACAUGCCAAUGAAAAAUUAUGCUUUGAAAUAUUAUUACAUACUCUAUGACUAAACAUAUUAAGGUUAGAAUUGUCAUUAGUGAUCUAGGCAA